AUGGCCGCCAUCAUCACGCCUACAAACCUCACCAUCAUCGAACACUCCGCUCUCAAGCAUCCCCCGUCUGCUGCCGAACCAACAUGCCCCCUACCUCCUCUACCCACUGCUCUCACAUGGAGCACAGACAACAACUCGGUGUAUCUCUCUUCGGCCACUAGUGGCAUCCUCCAAUACGACCUCGCCUCGGGAUCUCUCCAGGACGUUUCUGUACACGAUCAGAGCUCGCAUCCCGUCGUUGCGCUGCUCAGCAAAGAUCGUGGCAGCACUCUAAUAUGCGCUAGGGGGCAGCAAGCUACCGUCCUGUCGUCUCAAGCCGGCAAGGUCGCUCAUACGUUCGAUACUCACAAAGCGACGAUCACUUCCCUUUCACUCUCCAACGACUGCACCUUGCUUGCAUCCACCUCUGCGCACGCCAUCCACGUACACAACCUCACGCUUGCCUCGCAUACUGUACUCAGAGGCAUUCCCGCUGGAAGCGGCGACAUCACCACAUGUGCUUUCCAUCCCCACUCGCGCACUAGGCUUCUCGUCGGUCGCGGAACCCAGCUGCUUGUCUACGAUACCACCCGUCCCUCCGGUCCGGCCAAGGUUAUACCCUUAGACAAGGAACAGAAGAAGCCCGGUUGCAUUGUAUCUAUCUCAUGCAGCCCGUUCAGCAAGACGCUGGUCGCUAUUGCGUGUAGUGGCGGCAUGGUUACUCUCAUCGACCUGGAAAAGGAGAAGGGCCUCUUCCGAUCCGUCGUCAUGCCUGCUCCCGUCACCUGUCUCUCGUUCUCCGCCGAAGGCGCCGCGGUCUACGCAGGCACGGAGAACGGGAAGCUGCUGAUUCUCGACCUGCGCGCCCUGGACAAACCACCAAAGACGAUUAGCGUUAGUGAGAACGGCGAUCAAGUCAUUGCUAUUUCUGUGCAGAGAAAGCUGAAGCCGGGAGAGGCGCAGGCAGCAAAGCCUGUCCCAACGGCGGCAGCGAAGCCUCUAGUUCAGCGCGACACAAACAAGGCCGCCCCCGCUGCACGUCGUAUAGGCUCAUCCACGGGACUCGACGCGGCAAAGAAGGCAGUCGAAGACAAAGUCGCAACGAAGAAAUCUAGCGCUAUCACUUCGACUACUCCCGCUAGGCGAACCACAACCAGAACUGCCUCCAACCCAAGCAAUGGGUCUCCUGCUCCUAGACCCGCGGCCGCUGGCGCGCGUCGUUUCAACGCGGGUACGGUCACAUCUCCAGUGGCCGGGCGAGCCGGAGCGCAGAAGGCCACCUUUUCGCCGCCCAGGUCGCCAGUGACCCUGUCGAACAAGAAGGAUGAUGAAGAGGAGGACGGCGAGUUGUCCGUCCGUGUUGAGAACCUCCUCGCGCUUCCGAGGGCGAAAGAGCCCGCCGCUACAGUCGUGGACGACGACGAAGCUCCCAUCACGGUCGUCCCCACGAGGGCCUCAACCAUCCUAUCUCGCGCAUCCUCCCGCGGCUCGAUCGGCCAGCCACCCCGCAGCCACGCUCGGACGGAGAGCGCCUCUCGCGCGUACGGCGGGCUUGCUGCGGGCGAGUCGCAGUCGCAAUCGGCUUCGGCAGCCCAUCCCCGGGUGCGAUCCGCAUCCUCAGGGAGCACCGCAAGCCGUGCUAGCAAGACGUCUGUAGCCUCCACGCGGCGCAUCGUGUCCGGCUCUGGCUCUAGCUCUUCCAAAACCUCGUCUGCCUCGCCUCCUGCGGGAGUGGGUGCGCAGCGGAGGCGUGUGUCGGGCUCGUCUCUCGCCUCGAGGAUCUCGCGCAGCCCGAGUCCCGACUUGCCGGGGACAGAGGAGGACGGGGGGCCUGUGACGCCCAUCCCCGCGCACAAGCGUAAGGGCAAGGGUAAGGAGCGGACUGCGCUCGGCGUGCUGGGGACCCCGGAGAUCGACGAAUGGGUCAGGGCCGGGGAGGGGAAGGGGAAGGCCGCGGGCAAGGAAGGAAGACGGGUGGGCUUCGCCGGGGACAGCGAGAGCGAGAGCGAGGCGGAGGAGAUCGCCCGUGCGGGAGCGAGUGCGGAUUCGGACGAGGAGCUCGACGCGCGCGCGCCGACCAGCGCGAACGCACGGCUGCCCCCCGCGGCGUACGCGAUGCAGGUCUCGCCGCGGCGCUCGUUCGCGGGGCUCUCACCCUCCGCGCGCCGCGCGGCGUGGGCGCCCGUGCCCUCCCCCCUGCGGAACCCGGGCGCGCCCCCGUCCCCGCAGGCGCGCGCGGCGCAGGACAUGCUGCAGGCGCUGAUGCGGGACGCGCUGUACGACUUCAGGCAGGAGACGAAGGCGGAGAUCGUCGGGCUGCAUUUGGACUUGAUCCGGAUGGGGACGGGGUGGAGGACGGAGAUGCGGGAGGCGAUGGGGGAGGUCGCGGAGGAGAUCAGGGCGCUGAGGGAGGAGAACCGGAGGCUGAGGGAGGAGAACGAGAGGCUGAGGAGGGGGUACUGA